AUGCUUAAUGCAGUGACAUAUAAUUAUGAUGGACGUGAGUGCAAACGAGGUCCCCGAGGAUUCCAAGGAUCUCCAGGAUCACAAGGACGUCCCGGAUCUCGUGGUAGAGACGGUAAAACCGGUGCUCGUGGACCCCAGGGGUUGAAGGGAGAUACUGGUCCAAAAGGAGUCAAGGGAGAUCGUGGACCAAGAGGUCUGUCAUCUCAUUCCAACUGGAAGGAAUGUUCUUGGAAGACCUGGGAGAGCAAGGACAACGGUCUGAUCAAGAAUUGUUUUUUCCAUAAGAAGUACAGUCACACAGUCCUCCAUGUCUACUGGAAUGGAAACUUGAGAAUUUAUAACUGCGACARAUGCUGUAAACGCUGGUUCUUUACCUUCAACGGUGGUGAGUGCCAGUCUCCUAACGCCAUUGAUGGAAUAGUCUACAUGUGGAAAGGCAGAGGACAUAAAGACCUCCAUCGUGUCCGCCAUAUUGAAGGUCACUGUGACAAGAUCCACAAGGGAAAAGUACGUGUUGGCUUCAACGUGGGAAACUGCAAAGGGUACGGUAAUGCUGACGCCGAAACCGGAUGGAAUUCCGUAAGCCGUCUGUUUAUAGAAGAGGUGCCCAGGCCCCAGAAGUGAUCCCAUCCGUGUUUAUUACAAGGAUUCUAAAAUAUAAAAAAAAUAUGAUACUGCAAUGAAGUUGACAUGAUAAGAUAAAAUAGUAGGGUUUGUAAUAAAACCAUCUUUAGAAUAAGUUAAUCAUGCUGU